AUCAGAAGGAUUGAUAACAAAUCUAAAACGGUUGGGUAGUGUGCAGCCGCCAUGGCAGUACGUUAUGUUCUAUUCUGUAGGUCAACUCCCUCAUCAUCAGCUCGCCAUCAUCCUAGGUAGAGGAUUCUGCAGCAAUGCAUCGUACCACCAUCCUACCCAAUCAGUCAUCUUGUACUCGCAUCGCAACCACAAUUGCCAUUGCGUUAGGGGAAUCCUGGCGGGGGAGACUAUCCAUGAAAGCACUUCUCUUAGAGCAAUAAUCUUUUUUCGGAUUUUGAAAAUCUGGCCAUGGAGCCAGCUCAGAUUCCCCUAUCUCCGUCCCACUAUCUCUCCCCGCCCCCACCGGCAUACCUCUGGCCUGUAAGCCCCCCCGCGUUGGUGUUCGCUACUAGCUCACCCCAGCUGGGACUUACAGCGAGUCAUCAGCACCCAACGCAGUCCCGGCAGCAGCGCAGCGAGCAACGGCAAAGGCCGAGGGAAGCGAGGCAAGGGAACAAGCCGGAGAAGCAGGCCCCCGGGAAAGGCGCAGAACGCUCUGAUUCAGCAGUGCCGAUGUGUGAGAUGGAGGAUCCUUCCAGACGCACUACGGGAAAUGCGACCGUUAACGCCGCGUCGGUUUGCGCGGAGCCCAGCGGAUUGGCGGCGGAGCCAAGCAGCAGAUUCCGGAGCCUCUCCACUGACCGCCAGCGCGGGCGGAGGGUGCGCGCAGGCGGAAAGGCGGACGGGGAUAGGACUAAGGCGGGGACAGGCGCAAGGGCGUUAGCUGAAUCCUCUGCAGGCGUGACUCGAUGCGCGGAGGAGUACGUGAAAGCCGUACACCGCACCACCACAUGGUCCCCGUCAAGUACCGACAAAACUCCUGUCAGCAACUCGAGAACGCGAGCGCAAGGCGCGUCGCGGCAUGCUCGCGGGGCUGCUGCGGCUCCAGGCCCAGGGGGGGUUGCGGAUCGUGUACUAGGGACAAGCGCAGACGGGUGCGCAGAAGGGGAUGCGGGGGAAAGAGACGGGCCGGGAACUCUCGGGAUGGGUAUGCGCUAUGUGCAGAGACUAAAAUUCGGAGACGAUAGCGAGACGAAUCCUGGGACUGUACCCGCUAGUAGCAUAUCUCCCGCAAUCGGCUCCAUCCCCGCUACUAGCAGCUCCGUCUCUCGUCGCAAGGAGAGGCGAGGAGACGGCUCCCGGCGGCGAUCGUUCGGGUCUGGGGAUUCGAACUCCGGGGGAUUUAUGGCUGCUGCCGCUGCUGCAGCGAUCACCGCAGUAGACGACGCGAGACUAGGGUUUCGUGAUUCGUCCUUGGCCGGGGAGUUCUUGACCAGAAGUCUAGGCAGCCGGCCGCGCAGAAGGUUUAGUGGGAUUAGAGAGGACCUGGUGGCAGGUGAGGACGGCACUAGCGCAGGUGCAGGCGCCGCCCGGCCGCAGGGCUGGUCCAACCAACGGGACGGACGGGUGCUGCGGAAGGACGUCUCGGCGCAGGCGCAAGCGCAAGCUCAAGCGCAGGCGCAGGCGCAGCAGGGUAACACAGGGAGCAGCUUCAGCAGAAGCAGCUUCGGCAGCAUGAGCUUCGGAAGCAGCUACGGCGGCGGCAGCUUCGGCAGCAGCAGCAACUGCAGCACCAACACGAGCGUGAGCUGCAACAGCGGCAGCAGCAGCACCAGCACCGCGUAUCAUGUGGCCCGUGGACCGAAUUUUAACACCUCGCUGGGCCUGCAUGUCACAGGUCCGGGUUUCCGCCCCAUGUCUCCCCUUCUCAGCGCGACGAUCGAUUGCCCUAAAUCCCCGUUAUUCGCUUCCUCGGAACCUCGCUCCGGGUCGCCUUCUGCGCGGUUUAGCUCGUCUUGGGGAGAACGCGCAAGGUCCCCCAUUCCCUUCCCCUCUGAUCACCGCCUAAAAUCGCCUCUCUCGCGCGGUUCCCCCGCGUUCCGCUCCCCUUCCGCGCAGUCAAGCCCGUCCGCCUUCCGCCGGCUCUCUCCUUCCCCCGAUCCUCCCCCCUCCGCGCACCUGUCCCGCCCGAAAUCCCCUCUCCCCGGCGCUUUUCGUCCGCAAUCUCCCCUUCCCGGGUCCGCCCGCCCCAGAUCCCCGUUGCUUGGUUCCGCCCGUGCUAAAUCUCCGAUUCCUUGCACCUCCCCCCGUAACUCUGACUUGGCAUCGUCACGAAACACCCCCGCUGGCAAUGCUGCCGCUGCCGCUGCUGCUGUUGCUGCUGCGACUAGCGUGAGUAUUCGCGCGACCCGCGAGUCCCUUAGGACUAUCCCGCGCAGCAGUUGUGGCAGCGCUACCAGCCGCACGCACGACGCGCGCGCGGAGGACGAGACCCGCGCUUGCGCCUCCCCUGGCGCGCGUCCGGGCGUCCGUUCCGCCGUCCGCCUCACCCCUUCAACUUCUGGUCGGGAGCCCGCGCGGCCCGCGCCAUCGACAGUCAGCUCCGCCUAUCCCAGCGGUUUCGCCGCGCCCGCCAGCAGCAGUAGCAGCAACGCCAACGCCUGCGCUCUCACCUCUCCGCCAGCCACUUCCGCGCGAUGCUCGUCCCCUGCGCUGCGCGCGCCAAGCUCCGCGUCCCCGCCUUCCGCGCCAUCGCGUUCCCCGUACUGCUCCCCCCAGGCGCAGGGUCGAGAGGUACUGAACGGCGGAGACGAAAGAACGAGGGGGGAUGCGGAGCGGACGUACUAUGGGGAAGACGAGGACGAGGGGGGGGUAGUUGAGGUGACCCGGAGCUUGACAGUCGACAGCGGGAGGCGGGGACGCCUGGCCGCUGCUGCUGCAGCCGCGCGGGCGGAAGUCGCGCACGGGGUGGAGAGCGCGAGGAGAGGGGGGAGGGGGGCGGAGGCAGGUGAAAGCGGGGGAAUGGGCGGUGGAGGGGGGAUGCCAGCAGGGACAGCGGCAGGGGCAGGGGUAGAAAGGGGCACAGGACCGGGGGGUGGAGUUGGUGGGAAGGUGGGAGGGAGGUUCAGCAGUGGGUUGUUAGACUUCGGCUCCCCAGGGGGCGGGCGUGGAGGUCAGCAGCGCAGGAGUGGUCUGGGUCUUGUUCCUGGCAUGUCUCGCUCCCUCACCACCACCUCUGUUUCCUUCUCUGGUGCCCGCUCUGCCCUCUCCAACUCCUCCCGUGCUGCUGCUGCCCCUUCUGCCUCUACUGCCUCUACUACCCCUGCUGCUGCUGCCGCUGCUGCCUGUCUCCUCUCUCCGCCUGUCUCCCUUGCCUCUUCCCCCUUCGGUUCCCCCAGCCGCCGCUCCGGAGCCUCUGCCUCUGGCUCCGUCUCUAGGAAGUUGCUGCACAAGAGAACGCUCUCCAUGGGCAACCCGCGCGCAAGCCGGUUCCACACGGUUGAGUCCGUUCUAGGGGAGCACGCCGCGUGGCAGACUGACGAGCAGCAGUUGAAAGCGCUGCUGGGGCUGCUGGAGGGUGGGGGCGAGAGAGGGGAAGGGGGGGCGGAGGGGGAAAGGGGAGGGGGAGAUGGUGGGGAGAGGCGUGGGGGAGGGGGGGGGGGUGUUGUGGGGGAAGGGUAUGAGGCGUGUAUGGCGGAGCAGGAUGAGGUGCUAAUGAAACGGCUCCCCUCGGCUGUAGAGGUGAUGGAAGGAAGGGCCAGGGGACGGGAGAGGGAGACUGGCAGGGGGGACAAGGAGGCGGGCAGAAGAAAAGGGCAGGCUGUGGGCGCGGAGGUCAGAGGUUCGGGCAGUAGGGAGGCUCAGAAAGGGAGCAGCAUGGGGGGAUUGGCGGUAGGGCUGGAUCCUGAAGCGGGGAGAGUAGGGGGGUCGUUGGGUGCAGAACAGGGAUGCAGGGAUGUGGGAUCCUGUGGGCAAUCAUCCCCGUUAAGGAGAAACCCGAGUUUGCCUUCCACGAGAGAAGGAGCACAGGUUUCACCGUCACCAGUACAGGUGUCCUCCCCUCUACAAGCGCACUCGUCCCCUGGUGUGAGACGAGCAGAGAGAUGGGACGCGUGGCAGAGUGGGGUUGGUCGGUACUGGGUUGGGGAUGUAUUGGGGGAGGAUUCGGAGAGGGCGAAGACCCCAGAGAGGAGGGUGGGUGGAAGAGCACGAACGCCGGAGAGAGGAAGGACUCCAGAGGGUGUACAGGCUCUUGGGAGAGUAAGAGCGGCAGAGAGGUUGACAACACCGGAGAGGGGGGAAACGCCGGAGAGAUGGAAAACGCCAGAGAGAGGGAAAACGCCAGAGAGAGGGAAAACGCCGGAGAGGGGGAAAACGCCGGAGAGGGGGGAAACGCCAGAGAGAUUAAGGGUGGGAGAAAGGCAGAUGUCAGAGGGCGCAGCAGGAGCAGGAGGGAAGGCAGGAGAGGGAGCAGGAAGGGGGGCUGGAGCCGACGCAUCAGGAAUAGGGGCUAUGCUAUUGAGGAUAGCAGCAGGUGGUGAUGCAGACGAGAGAGGAGGUGAGAGGCGUGCAUCAACGGGCCGGGAGGAUGAGGCAAAGGAGGAGGGGAGAGGGUGGGGUGAGGCGAGGGAAGCCGUUGCUGCUGCACCAGCCUCCUUGGUUCUAGACGCUGGUGAAACGGCGGGCGGGGUGGUGAGGUGCAUGGGGAUAGAGAGAGAGGGGAUGGGAAUGGGGAUGGGGAGGGAGUUGGGCGAGGCAGAGAUAGAGGCGGAGUGUGAUGCGGUGUCGGGGGGGUGGACAUGGCAGCAUGGUUGCUGGAGCGAACGGCAUGGUGGAGUGAACACGCUUGCCGGUGCCGGUGCUGGUGCUGGUGCUGGUGCUGGUGCUGGUGCUGGUGCUGCUGAUCCCUAUUCCCAUGCUCGUGAUGCCCCACCUGCUGGUGCUGCUGUUGGAGGUUUGGUGGGGCCCGCAGCAUCUGAACCCGCUCCCCAGCAUGCUCAGUACGGCAUGGAUGGGAUGGGGGGGAUGGGUGGUACAUGCACCAUGCAUGGCAUGCCUGGCACCCUGGACAGUACAGGUGGCAUGCAUGGCAUGCCCGAUAGGGAUGGGUGCUGUUCAGCUGCUGGCUUAGACAGAGCGGAGGAGAGAGAGGAGAGUGAAGAGUGCGGCCGUGCACAUGGGCACGGGUACACCGAUGGGGUGGAGUGCGUAUAUGAUGACCUUGGGGAUGGAAUAGAGGAUGGAAUAGGGGAUGGGGAUGGGUGCAGGGAGGAGAAGGAGCAUGCGCACGAGCAAGCACACAGGUAUUGGCAUGAAGCUGCUGCUCAUGGGGAUGCGUGCAUGGGGGGGCAUGAGGAUGCGGCAGAGGGGUUGUGGCAUGGGGAAUGUGCUCCUCCUGAGGAGAUGGAGUUGGGAGGCGGUGUGAGGCAUGGGUAUGGGUAUGGGUAUGGGUAUGGGUAUGGGUAUGGGUAUGGAUAUGGAGUGGUGGUGGACUAUGAGAUGGAGCUGGUAGACCAUGACGAGGAGGAGGCAGCAGCACAGUACGAGGAAAGAACAGGGGGGGGGGAUCCACUGCUUGGGAAGAAGAGCCUGAGUGCUCCUGCUGGGUCUAUGGCUGCAACCGCCUGUGCCUCCCUGGCUGCUGUUGGGCUCCAGGAGGUGGGGGAGGAGGGGGAAUGGGUGGAGCGCAGAGAGGAAGCAGCGGGAGAGGGGGAGGAGUGGGGAGGGAUGGUGGAGGGGGAGGAUGAGGAGGAGGAGGAAGAGGAGCCGGAGUUGUUGAGACGGAAGAGUUUUGGAGGGCGGAUGGGCAGCAGCAUUGGGAACAGCUUUGGCGCCCUGUUGCGGAAGAGCAACACGCUAACCAAGAUGGACCGCAAGCCGCCCCGCCCCCUCCCGCUCCGCUCGCUCUCCAUCUCCCGUGCAGCCUCCGCCUCGCGCAAGGCCGCCUCCGCCUCCCGGAAAGCCGCGUCCGCCAUCGCGCUCGCAACCACCGCCGUGACCAGCCUGGGCCGCUCCGCCUCCCUCCCCUACGAGUACGAGUACAACGGUAUCAACCAGCCCAAGCGCGUGCACUUCCAACUAGCAGAGCUCCAGCUCGCGACGAACUACUUCAACGAGGACAACGUUCUCGGGCAGGGGGGGUUCGGGACGGUGUACGGGGGCGUGCUGCCGGCGCCGCCGUUUGAGGAGGUGGCUGUGAAGGUGCUGAAGCGCGGGUCGACGCAGGGCGACGGGGAGUUUGUGACGGAGCUGGAGCUGCUGUCGCGCACGGAGCAUCGGCACUUGGUGAAGCUCAUGGGGUUCUGCAUGACCACCACGCAGCGCAUGCUGGUCUACCAGCUUGUUGCUAAUGGGUCGUUGACUGAUCACCUCACAGGCAGAAAGCGGGCUGAGAACGGCCCUCUGCCGUGGGAGCGGCGCCUGAGAAUAGCCAUAGGAGCGGCCAAGGGCAUCCGCUACCUGCAUGCCCAACGGCCGCAGAUCCUCCACAGAGACAUCAAGGCUUCCAACAUCCUCCUUACAAACAGUUUCGAGGCUAAGGUGGCGGACUUUGGGUGUGCGAAGCUGAUACGGCGCACGGAGCGCGUGGUGAGCAAGGCCACUGGGCGGGCGGAGGAGCGCCUGGUGGAGUUUGUGGACCUGGGCGUCGGCACCAUCGGCCACAUGGCGCCAGAACUGCUGCUCGAGGGGGAGAUCAGCGCCGCCUCCGACUGCUUCGGCUUUGGAGUGGUGCUGCUGCAGCUGCUGACAGGCAGAGAGCCAGUGGACUCAGACAGACGGCCGCUCGUCAACUGGGCGCAACCCUAUCUGGAGGAGCGGCGGUGGGACGAGCUGAUCGAGCCGUUCCUCUUGGAGUCUCGCCCGCCAGCCCGCCACGACUCGUUCCACUCCUUUGCGCUGCUCGCGCAGACGUGCGUCAGCUUCGACCCGCUGCUGCGCCCGCCCUUCGACCUCGUUGCCGCCACGCUCGAGCGCAUCCUGCAAGCUGACAAGGAGAGUGCCUCCCCCAUGCCUCCACCAUCAGUCCGCCGAUCUCUCUCUCACUCUCCCUCACCCUCACACUCGCAUUCGCACUCGCACUCACACUCACACUCUCACUCGCACUCCUUCUCUCGUUCUGCAACCACGUCUUCAGCUGGUAAGGGUGCUCAGGUUGUCCCUGCGCAGCAGCAGCAGGAACAACACCACCAACAACUACAACAGCUGCAGCAACCGCAGCAGGAGAAGCAGCGCAAGGCACUGGCUAGUACUAGGUCACUGGCUAGAAGUGGGAGCGACCCCUGUUCUCUACUGACUGCCGCUCCUGGCGCUGCUGCUGCCGCUGCUGUGGCAGGGCUGGUGGCUCAUGGGGCCCAAAGCAUAGCACGGAAGCGCAGAGAAGGCUGUAGCAGCACCGGGCACAGCAGGGGCAGCAGCAGGGGCAGUAUCCAUGCUGCUGAUGGAGCAAGAGGACAAGCAGACGCAAUUGCUGCGACUUCUGCAGACACUGCAGCUGGCACUGCAGCAGCUGCUGCUGCGCCUGUUGCUGUUUCGGUCUCGGGUGGUGCUGUGCAAUCGAGAGCGGAGGAAGUGAGGCGGCUGAUGGCACUGAUCGAGGAGGGCAACAGUGAGAGGAUCGAGUGGGGCGAGACCCUGUCACGCGUGCGCGACGGCACACAGCAGCAGCAGCACCAAGCAACAAGUGACCUUGUGAAUGCUUGCGAUGGUAGCAGUGGCAGUAUGAGUGGGGCGGUGAGCAGUGAUUUUGACAACAGUAGGAGCGGCACUGUGUGCAGUGAUAUCAGCACUGGCAAUAGUAGCGCUAAUGGCUAUUCUUGUGCGGGUAGCAGUAGCUUGAGCACAGGUUUGAGUAGCCCUAUCGAUACCCCUGCUGCUGCUGGGAGCUUGGAGUGUGCUAGCAGAAUAGACCCUAGCAGAGCGAGUAGCAGCAGCAGCACCAGUAGUAGUAGGUCAGCUAGCAGAGACAGGAAGAGCAGAUCGGGCAGCAGCAAAGGCACUAACUGGAGCCGGAGUAGCAGCAGCAGCAGCGUCACCACCACAGUCUCCGAUGCCUCCAUCGUCAACAACGGCUGCAGUAGCAGUAGUAGCAGAAGCAAGGGCACAGGUGCCUCUCUCCCUAGGAGCUCUAGUGUGUCUGCCAGCAGUGGCAACAGGAGAAGCAGCAGGGUGGGGAAAGGCACGAGUGAGAGCUGCAGCAGCAGCAGCAAGUGAUGAUGGUGAUGACGAGGGGAGGGGCACAUGUGCAAGUUAGUGGCGGGAGAGAAAAGGGGCGAUGCAAGGUAUGGUGUCAGAAUGUUUUAGGGACUGUGUGCUCCAAGGUGAAGCAGCAGCAGCAGCAGCAGCAGCAGUAACAGCAACAGCAGCAGGUCUUCAAAUGUUCUAGAGUCCCUGCUCAUAUGGUCAAUGAUCAGCUCAGCACCCCCAUGUUGGGAGGUUAGCGGGUCUGCAUGGAAGUUGGAGCAUCAAUGUACAUCUAGUAGCCAAGCCAAGCCAUUCUAUUGUAUUUAUAGCUGCUAUGGUGUAGGAUAGUUUAGGGAUUGCAUUCGUGUUUGGGUUGUGCCAUAUUGCAUGUAAGUAGUAUUUUAACAUGUGUAUGAUAGGUAUUAUGUAGGUUUGGCCGUAUCGAUUCCUUGGGUGGUAGA